AUCCAUUUCUUCAACCUAUUCUUCUCAGCUUUUCCUUUCCUCCUCUCCCUCCCUCUAACUUUUCCGUCUCUCUCCUUUUCUGCAAUUCCUUGUUUUCUCUCGGCUUUUCUGAUAGUACCACUCCUUCCUUCUUUUCCAGCCAUCCUUUUCAGACCAUUAUUUGAUUACGUCUUCGCCUUUCUCUCGAUCUCUGUCUCCCACCCACAUCCUCCAUUUCAGUUAAUUCUUCUUCCUUUUCCAUUCUCUCUGCUUGUCCCCGCGGAGUAUUUAGAAAUGAAGAAGGUUGUGCUCAAGUUAGAUCUGCAUGAUGACAAGGCAAAGCAGAAGGCCCUGAAAACAGUCUCAACACUUUCAGGGAUAGAUGCAAUCUCCAUGGAAAUGAAGGAUAGGACGCUAACAGUGAUAGGAACAGUGGAUCCUGUUCAUGUGGUUAGCAAAUUACGCAAAUACUGGCAGACGGAUAUAGUUUCAGUAGGACCGGCAAAGGAGCCUGAGAAGAAAGAAGAACCAAAGAAGGAGGAAGAUGCAAAGAAGGAGGAGCCCAAGAAAGAAGAAGACAAGCCAGAGGAAGAACAGAAAAAAGAAGAGAAGAAGGAAGAGAAGGAGGAGAAGAAAGAAGAAGAGAAAAAGAAAGAGCCAGUUCCAGACCCGAUUUUAGAGCUGGUCAGGGCUUACAGGGCCUAUAAUCCCCAGAUGACAACAUAUUACUAUGUCCAAAGCAUGGAAGAGAAUCCCAAUGCUUGUACAAUUUGUUGAUGAUUAAUUAUCAAGCUGUCCAAGCAUGAGGGAAAGAAAUCAUGCAUGUAGUAGGCCAAAGCCAAGAAUAUAGGUACUCUUGUGUAUAUAAUAUGGUGAUGCUUCGGUUGAGUUGUUUUUGAGACAAUAUUGGUAAUGUGUAGAGCAAAAUGAAUAAGAUUUUUUGGGGGAUUCCUUUUUUGGAACAUAAAUGUAAUUCAUACUCUUUCCCUGUAACAGUUAAUUGAAUUCAUAACCACUUGCUAGUUAGUCCGGCAA